GCCCCUCUGCCUCAGCACACUGCAUCACAACACACACUGGUCGAUCGAUCACACUGGUAGGCUCUGCUCAACUCGGAGCUUCAGUGCUUGCCAUACACACAGGUCGAUCGGACAAGCUCGGCAGCCGCACCUCAGCACCAAUGGCCACCGUCGAGGUCCAGGUCCCGACCGCCACGCUGCCCGCCGAGGAGGCUCCGGCGGUGGUGGAGGCCGUCCAGCAGCCGGCCGUCGUCGCCGAGGAGGCCCCGAAGGAGGAAGCCGCUGUUCCGGCCGCGGAGGCAGCUCCGGCCGAGACGGAGGGCGCCAAGGAGCCCGAGGCAGAGGCUGCCCCUGCCCCUGCCCCUGCCGAGACCGAGGCCAAGGAGGUUGAGGUAGUUGCUGCUCCGGCUGAGGCAGCAACCAAGGAGGCAGAGCCUGAGGCUGCGCCGGCCGUGGCAGAGACCAAGGAGGCGGAGCCAGUGGCUGCCCCGGGCGAGGUUGAGGCCAGGGAGGUCGAGCCGGAGGCUGUCGCGGCCGAGGCGGAGACGAAAGAGGCCGAGCCCGAGGCAGAUCCGGCGGCUGAGGCCGAGACCAAGGAGGCAGAGCAAGAGGCAGCCCCGGCCGAGGCCGAGACCAAGGAGGCGGAGCCGGCUGCUACCGAGACCGAAGUAGAGGCCGCACCGGCCGACACCGAGGCCGUGCCGGCUGAGGCCGCCAAGGAGGAGGAGGCGCCUGCUGCUGCAGCUCCAGAGGCCGCGCCGGCCGCUGAGAAGACCGUGGCCGUCGAGGAGGCGGCGGCGCCGGCAGAGGCCGAGGUGGCAGCCCCUGCUCCCGAGGCCGCCGCCAAGUCGGAGUAAGUGUGGCGGGCAUGUACGUUCCGCCGCGCACGUGCGAUCGUUGAUCUAGCCGUCUCGUACCCCGGCACGGCGUGGCGCCGGCGUGGGUUGCCGCCGUCGCCGUUCGGGUUCACGUCACGUUCGUGUCGUAGCUACGUGGGGCCCCCGUAGUGAGGGGGCGAAUUGUGUGUUGAAUAAUGUAUCUGCCUACGUGUUUCUGUGUCCGUGGGGUUGUGGGGCCAGGCGUCAGUGCUGAUGUGGCGUGGCUUGGCGGCACAUUGGUGGGGCCGGGCCUUGGAGCUCUUUGUCGUUUAAUGAUGUUGGUUAAUACGUGUACCGUGCACUAUGUUUUUCAGUGUAUUUUUUUACUAGUCAAUCCACUUUUUCCUUCUUUUAAAA